CGUCAAUAAACAAAACUAUGCCAUCGUUGUUAAGAAGUUCCAUUACGUCAAAACAAAAGCAAAAAUAAAGCGCAAUAUUGUAAUGAUAAUACACUUUAAAUUAUUUGUAAAACUAGUUUAAAAAUCGCUAUAUAUGCUGCUAUGAUUUAGAUUAUUACUCGGAUAGUGCUACCUUUUUAAUAUACUUGACCCUUGUCACCUUGACAUAACAAUAUCGAUUGCUCUAAUUCACUUGUAUUGCGCGGGCUUUUUAAUUAUUUUACAAUUUUUCGUGUGCAGUUCGCUAGCCUAUAUAAAGAGGAAAUAUUUUUUAUGGUAUCCAGUUGACGCCACUCUAAUACAGAGUACAGUUGUGCAAUUUCUAUUUGACUUCUUUGCUGAUUCCAUUAAUUAAAAAUGUUAUCCAAGUUGCCAAAAUCAUGCGAUACAUUUGUCGUGUUACCUCCGUUAACAAAAAAUCAAUCCGUCGUCUUUGGAAAAAACUCUGAUCGUCCGCAGAAUGAAGUUCAAGAAGUAGUUUUAAUCAAAGGAGGGCCCAGAGAUGAUAAGCUAAAGUGCACUUAUAUCACCAUAGAUGGGUUUUCACCGGUGCAUACUGUAAUAUUGAGCAAACCUGCUUGGAUGUGGGGUGCUGAGAUGGGUGCUAAUGAUAAGAAUGUAGUUAUUGGCAAUGAGGCAGUCUGGACUAACAACAAUGAAGGAGAAGGUGAUGCAAGACCCAAGCGCUUGCUGGGGAUGGACUUAGUGCGCCUAGGAUUAGAGCGAGCUGCUACUGCAGAAGGAGCAUUGGAUGUGAUAACAUCCCUUCUUGAGAAAUAUGGCCAAGGUGGUCCCUGCUCUGAACAUGAUGAUAGCCACAUCUAUCACAACUCCUUCCUUAUAGCAGACACCAAAGAAGCCUGGGUUUUAGAGACGAGUGGAAAGUUAUGGGCAGCUGAAAGAGUUACAAGUGGCUACAGAAAUAUAUCCAAUGGUCUGACUAUUGCAACCAAAAUUGAUAAACAUUCUAGCAAUUUAAUGGAAAAGUCCAAGAGAUUGGGGCUCUGGGACGGGCAGAGUGAAUUUAAUUUCACCAAAUGUUUCUCAUCUGGUGGUGAUGAACAAAGGCAACAAGAUGGUGCCAAAUUGUUGAAAGAAGCAAGCUCUUCAUCUGUAUUUGAUGUAAGGGAUAUGAUGAAUGUUUUAAGACACAAGGACAGCCGCAUUUGCAGAAGUUGUGAUGAUACAUUCCCCACCCAAGGAAGUCAGGUGUCUAGUCUCUCGGAUAAAAAGAUAAGCGUGCAUUGGUUCACUGCUACACCAGACCCUAGCUUGUCAUUCUUCAAACCAUUUGUUUUCACCAAGAAUGCCCGAGCUUCUCCGCUUAUAGUCAGCCCGGAUGAGCCACUUAAAGAACAUCACCUUUAUAAGUUGCAUAUGGAACGCAUAUCUGCAGGUGAUAAUGAAGAUGUUGCAAAGGCCAUUCAAAAGCUAGAAGAAGUACGCAUUGCAGAGAUUGAGAAAUAUGUUAAUGAUAUUUCUACCGGCCAAAAGACACAUGAUAAACUUGAUAACCUAUUGAAAGACUGUGUAGAGACUGAAGUAAAUUUAUAUGCUUAAAGCCUUCCUGUGUCAAUUUUAAAUAUUAUCUUAUUUACACGUUUUCUCAUUAGAUAAAUCUUAUUUUUUCACCAAAGUUUCAAGUAAAAUUGUUAUAAUUUAUAACUUAAUAUUUUAUAAAUUUAAGGACAAUAUCGCUAAAUAUCUUAAUUAUUUUGAUUGUCUUAGAUAG